AGCUUUGGCAGGCUGGGGCCCUCUGCGGUCUUCCUUGUGCUGGGCAUCUAGGUGCCCUCCCCGGUGCUUUGCAUCCUCCAGAUCUGCGGUUGGCUCUCCCGCGUCUCGGCUGGGCCUGGGUGGCGCAGGACAAGAGCUCGCUCUGAUGCGGGGGCUUGCUGAGUAGAUUGGGAGAGGAGGUGGCUGGGGGUGCAGUCAGGUAUGUUGAGAGCCUCCGUGCUUCCUGGGGAGUGUCGGGGAGCCCGGGAGGCGUCUUGCUGAGUGUUCCUCGGCCAGAGGUGUCUUCAGCCAACUGCAGCCCAGCUAGGAUGCGUGAAGCCUUACUGGGGAAGCCCCAAAACGGUCAGGAGGGAAGAGAGGGCAAUGCUGCCUGGGAAGUCUGAGCAGAUAUUCCUUCUGUGCCUCUUCAGGGGCCUUGCCUGGGCAUUCCCUCCACCCACGGGAUCCCUGGGCAGCGUCCCUGGAGGUGCAUGUCCUGCUCCUUUCAGGGUGGAGAAUUUGGCUAUUCUGGGCUAGCACUGGAAAUACCAAGAAAGAGGGACUUGCUUUCCAAGUUCGGCAUGCUCAGAAUCUUGGGUCCUGUUUUCAUUUUUUCAAGUGACUUUUAUGUCUUGGUGGAUGCAAGGAGGGACUUGAGAGUGUGGAGCAGGGGUCAUGUCAACAGGCCUUCAGAGCUUUUAGAUCAGCCUCGCACCGUGGCAGUGCCCUAACGCAAGGAAUGGCUGGCGGGUGAGCACAUGUGCUGGUGGAGGAGCAGGAAGGCAAGCAGGCUGCCGGCGGAGCGGGGCCACUGGAUCAGGGCAGGGCUUGGGCACAGCCUGGGACGUGGCAUGAAGGCCUCCUCCAGUAGCAGCCUGCUAACUGUGUAACUCCCUCCCCUCCACUAACCCCCCAGCAGCCUGGCAUUUUUUAAUUUUGUACACUUCACUGGGCUUGUUUAUCUUACAUGCUUCCUAAAUCUGAGUGAAAUAUAGAGGAGUCCCAGAGUCAGGUUUCCUUGGUCUAGAACUUUAGUCACAGGCUGUCUGGAUGGCCGCAGCGGGUUUCCCCUUUGCACGGUGCUGGUCUGGAGGGCUUUGACCUGACUUUUGGGUGGAGCUGCUAGCAGGGACCAUGUGGCCCCCUGGUUACAGCAGCAGAGACCCUGCCUAUUGGUAUUGGUCUCUCCCUAAGUGCAGUUCAGUGUACUGGUUGGGACCUAGGAGCAUUUCUUUAAUUGAACGAUGCCUUCUGAUCUCCACAUAGGCUGAGGUGUGGCCCAUAUGUUGUAAAACAAAUCGAUUACGCUCUUGCGACUAGCUGUCAGAAAGGCCACGGUCUGCCCUAUGACUCGGCCCCAGAUGGCUGGGAGAAGCCUGUUGCCCCACCACUGCCUGAGGCACAGUUAGCUAAAAUGCAAGAGCAGGGCCUUCUUGGGGGUUGCGCUCGCGUCCUGGCACUCCCCAGCGAUCAAGACCAGGUGUGUCUCAUCUCGUGCUGUUCUGCCAAAAAGCAAAGAUGGUUUUGGUCCUUGAGAAAAUGUACUUCUUUCACGUGUUAGACCUUGGUUUUUAUUUCCCAUCGUGUAUUCUUUAACAUUUUAAUUAAAGCCUUUUGAUUUUAUUGUUCACUUUCUUGAACACAACAUUUAGUGGAAAAAGCAGAUAUAAACUGACUGAAUGGGUGAAUGCGCCAUUUCCGGCCCGCGGUGCAGGUCCUCUCCCGGCAGGCAGCGUCCUCUGACCCCGCUGCCACCUGCAAAUGGCUCCUUCCUGCCAUGCGGAGGGGCAGAUGGGGGCAGGGGGCACGUCUCAGCCGAGGAGGGAGAGGUUCUCCUGGCGAGCCAUGCCUGUCACGUGGAGAUUCCUGGGCCCAAAGAGAUCCUUGGAGGAAUUUGUGAACCUUUCUGUGCACUCCCCACAAGGAAACUGGCCCUGAAGUACCAUCCAGACAAGAACCCGGAUAAUCCCGAAGCUGCCGAGAAGUUCAAGGAGAUCAACAAUGCCAACACGACGCUCAGUGACGAGACCAAGCGCCGCGUCUACGAUGAGUACGGCUCGAUGGGGCUCUAUGUCUCUGAGCAGUUCGGGGAGGAGAGCGUCAAGUAUUACUUCCUCAUGUCCAAGUGGUGGUUCAAGCCCCUGCUGGUCUGCUGCUCGCUGCUCUCCUGCUGCUGCUGCUGCUGCUGCUGCUGCUUCUGCUGUGGGAGGUGCCGCCCGCCCGAGGAUGAGGAGGCCUACAAGUACGUCAACCCGGAAGACCUGGAGGCCCAGAUCCGUGCCGAGGACAAUGGAGGCGGCGCCAUCCGAAUGCAGCCCACCAGCAGCUCCUCCUUGCACACUGCAGACGAGACUCAGCCCUGCAAGCCAUGACCCUACCUCGGCCUCCAGUCACAGCUGAAGACCCCUUGCAUCUUCUGCAGCCAUUCCGAAGCCCCCUGCCCAGCCCGAGUUGCUGAGGAAGGGCUGGCAGGGGCCCGGGCGAACGGCCACAGCCUCGCUCUGAAGUGCGCCCAGGGGGUGCCUGGACUCCUGGCGCCGCACGUCUUCUCAGGGAAUGAGCCGCCACCUUGCCCCAGAGCUGGCCUGUCGCUGGGGCAGAGCCAGCGGGGCGAUUCUGCCUUGGCCCUGAUGGGCCGCCCAAGGACUCGCUGCUCCAGCAGCCCCAGAGCCAGGCUGGAGGUCGCUGGGCUGGCGCCGGGGUCUGCGGGGCGUGGGGAGGGAACGGAAGGUGGCGGGAGCCCGCAGCCAGCAGCCUGCCUCCGCCUCCCUCCCCGCACCGGCUUUGCUCCCGCCAGCCUCAGCUAAAGCGCCCUGGCGCAGAAGCAGGCCAGUGAGGACUGCCCCUGGUGGCAGGCCCGUGGGGGGGGCCACUCCCGGAGUCCCUCUCGCCAGUGCCACCCUGCUGUGCUGGCCCCUCGGGAGCCGGAGGGCCCCUCUUGCCCUGCGUGUGGUGCCAAGCCUCGCCGAAGGACGUGAAGGAAGGGCCACCGUUUCUGGAGUGCCAGCCCGCCUGGGGCAGCUGACGGCUCCCCUGCCCCUCCCGGGCAGAGCCAGUCGCCCUGCAGGUUCCUCCCCCUCCUGCAGGGCAGCCUGGGGGCGAGGGCUGUCCUUCGCACUGUGACAGGGGAGUUGUUAAGGGUUUUGUAAGCACAAUUAAAGGUUUCCGAAGGAA